CCAACAUAGUGCUCCACCGAUUACAGUCUGCCCAAGACGGACCUCACCACUUACUUUUACGCCCUUUUCCGCCAUCCGCUAUUGAAGUGCAGUCCUCCAUUUUCUCGAUAGCACUGCCCGAUUUGUCGCCGUCGUCAUUCCCUCAGCACCCUCGUGAUGUCACAGAAUAAACCUGGGGUGUUUUCAAGCUUGCGCAUGGGUGCAGAAGUUGUUCGUGAGAAGGUCCAAGAUGGGCUAACCGGGGAGACCAAAGAGAUUUCUUAUACACAGUGCAAGAUCGUCGGCAAUGGGUCGUUUGGUGUUGUUUUCCAAACAAGAAUGAUGCCCAGCGGCGAGGAUGCUGCCAUCAAACGAGUCCUCCAAGACAAGCGCUUCAAAAACCGUGAGUUGCAGAUCAUGCGAAUCGUCCGCCAUCCCAAUAUUGUAGAACUCAAAGCCUUCUACUACUCGAAUGGCGAAAGGAAAGAUGAAGUGUACCUGAAUCUCGUUCUCGAAUAUGUACCGGAGACGGUGUACCGGGCAUCCCGGUAUUUCAACAAGUUGAAAACUACUAUGCCAAUGCUGGAGGUCAAGCUUUACAUCUAUCAACUUUUCCGCUCCCUGGCCUACAUUCACUCUCAAGGUAUCUGCCAUCGAGAUAUCAAGCCCCAAAACCUUUUGCUUGACCCUACCACCGGCAUCUUGAAACUCUGCGACUUCGGUUCGGCCAAGAUACUAGUCGAGAACGAGCCCAAUGUUUCCUACAUCUGCUCCCGCUACUACCGUGCACCAGAGUUGAUCUUUGGCGCGACCAACUACACAACUAAAAUUGAUGUCUGGUCCACCGGUUGUGUAAUGGCCGAGCUGAUGCUCGGGCAACCGCUCUUCCCUGGUGAAUCGGGAAUUGACCAGCUUGUGGAAAUCAUUAAGGUUCUAGGUACUCCUACUCGGGAGCAGAUUCGUACCAUGAAUCCCAAUUACAUGGAACACAAAUUCCCUCAGAUUAAGCCACACCCCUUCAAUAAGGUUUUCCGGAAAGCACCCCCUGAGGCUAUCGAUCUUAUCUCGGCCCUCCUGGAAUACACGCCAACACAACGUCUAUCGGCUAUUGAGGCGAUGUGCCACCCCUUCUUCGAUGAACUGCGGGAUCCUAACACACGACUGCCCGAUUCACGGCACCCUAAUGGCGCGCCAAGAGAACUCCCUAAUCUUUUUGAUUUCUCGCGACAUGAACUCUCUAUUGCACCCGCCAUGAACAGCCGGUUGAUUCCUCCCCACGCACGUCCCGCACUCGAGGCUCGCGGUCUCAAUAUCGAAAACUUCACACCUCUUACGAAGGACGAAAUGAUAGCACGCCUUGACUGAGUCAAAGUGUGACACGCUUACGAAGUACACGCCUGUCUGUAGUGCUGUAUCUGCACGUGUGCGCUAGAAUUUGAUGUCAUGCCGUGUGAGCCGCCCCUUCAUCUCCGGGGCGGUUUUGGAAGUGGGAAAGGUUUCGCCAAAUCUGUAGACCUUAUCCAUUGGCGAGGCGUCUAGGAGCUGGUUUCUCUGUGAGAGGCGAUCAGGGGAGAAAAAAAAAACGAAGAAAAAAAAGUGCCAUCCAUGUCAUGAUCGGAGAGAUGAAAAAAAUUUUUUUUUU